CGUGCAUUGAUGACAGUCACAUAGAUCUGCCGUCGAGAUAAUCUCAAAAGGGAUAUCCCCAUCAAUACAUUAGUCAAAUUUUCCAUCGUCUCCAUUGCUCUUUCUUUUUCAUUGAUUUCUCUUCUCUUACUUUCACUGCUCAAGUUUCUGUUUUUACGAACCAUGGCUCAGACCAACGGAAAUCACAAAGAGGCAACGCGCCCCAAGGAACCCAUCGUAUCGCCGUACAUGCCCAAAUAUCCUGAUCCCAUGUCCAAUAUUUCCAACUUUAAGAUCAUUGAAUCUACUUUGAGAGAGGGUGAACAGUUUGCAAAUGCGUUUUUCGAUACGGAAAAGAAGAUUGAAAUUGCCAAGGCUUUGGAUGAAAUUGGUGUGGAUUAUUUGGAGCUGACUUCACCGGCUGCAUCCGAACAAUCGCGCAAUGAUUGUAAGGCUAUUGCCAGCUUGGGUUUGAAGGCCAAGAUCUUGACCCACGUUCGUUGCCACAUGGAUGAUGCUAAACUGGCGAUCGACACGGGCGUGGACGGAUUGGAUGUCGUGAUUGGCACGUCAAGUUAUUUGCGUGAAUUCUCGCACGGAAAGGAUAUGGAUUACAUCACGGAGAAGGCGAUCGAGGUUAUUUCGUAUAUCAAAUCCAAAGGUCUUGAAGUUCGUUUCUCCACGGAGGAUUCUUUCCGCUCGGAUCUGGUAGAUCUGCUGAGUAUUUACAAGGCUGUGGACAAAAUUGGUGUCAACCGUGUCGGUAUUGCCGAUACUGUGGGUUGUGCGAAUCCUCGUCAAGUGUAUGAAUUGGUACGAACCUUGCGCAGUGUUGUGAGUUGUGAUAUCGAAUGCCACUUCCAUAACGAUACGGGUUGCGCUAUUGCCAACGCUUAUGCUGCUUUGGAAGCUGGUGCGACUCAUAUUGACACAUCCGUGCUGGGCAUUGGUGAACGCAAUGGUAUUACACCUCUGGGCGGCUUGUUUGCCAGAAUGUAUGCUGCCGACAGAGACUACGUCGUCAACAAGUACAACCUCAAGAAACUGCGAGAUGUGGAAAACAUUGUGGCCGAUGCGGUAGACUGCUCUGUUCCGUUCAACAACUAUAUUACAGGCUACUGUGCGUUCACUCACAAGGCGGGUAUUCAUGCCAAGGCCAUCUUGAAUAACCCGUCGACGUACGAAAUUUUGAAGCCUGAAGAUUUCGGCAUGUCUCGCUAUGUAUCAAUUGGUCACCGUUUGACAGGAUGGAAUGCGGUCAAGGAUCGUGUCGAACAGUUGAAUUUGGAUCUGACGGAUGAAGAUGCCAAGCGAAUUACACAAAAGAUCAAAGCAUUGGCGGAUAUUCGUCCUCUGAGUUUGGACAACGUCGAUGUCCUGCUACGACAAUAUCACGAAGCCAAGAAAACGUCAAGUCAUCACGACGUUCUUCAAAGCAUUGACAACCCGGAUCAACUUAUUCACACCGAACCCACCUUAGAAGCGGUCGCUGCCGUUGAAUAAAGCUGUUCUCUUUUUUUUUUGGGAAAACA